GUCGAUAGCCGGCAUGAGGUAAAAGGAAAAGCUUCUCAAAAGCAUCCAGAAAUAUCAUAGAAUGGUGAUCGAGAUCACCUUCACGGGAAUCAUCCUUUGCAAAUUGGGGGAAGGGAACCAAUCAAGUCACCAAGAAGUUCCCGAAACUUGGUUUAUUAUUAAGGUUCUUCUCUUCCAGCGUUUAGUAUUCAAGUUCUUCUCUUCCAGCCCCCUGGCCCCUCUCUGAUAAGUCAAGUUUUCAAAACGAAAAGAAAAUGAAAAAUCUGGUUCGAUGGCUCUUCUCCACUACCCGCUUUACUACUUUCUAUUUUUUCUUAUGUAUUAAGUUUCCCUUAAUAUAUAAUUUGAUAUUACUUUCGAUUUUUAUAUUUUUAUUCCUUUGUCAUUUUAUAUUCUGCCUAAUACCAAUUUUCAAUCUUUUUAGUUCGUGCUUCGUCGGCUCCUCCUUUCUGCUCACUCUCCCGUCGGAGAUUCAAGACCCCCAGGCUCUAGCUCAUUUAGCAGGGCUAAACUUCUAUCUGAGUCUUUACGAGCAGGAUCCGGUAUGGGUUACGUUCAUUCAGAACGAGCUUAAUCACAAUACCCCCCUGGAAGACAUACCUGGGCGGCUUAAGCUCUUCCUAAUGGAAGAAAAGCUCUCUUCUAUGCGACAAGAUGUCAUUCAGGAAUUUGUGGCGCUUUAUCAAAGAGUAGGGCCUUAUCUACUGAUCGAGCCCUACAUGGGCGAUGAAGCGCUUCGUUCCUAUCUGGACCAUACUCACGCAACUGAUUCUUUCACUAUUCUCCAAGCGUCUUAUCAAGAUCUACGGGAGAAUGAGGGAGGAUCCGUUUUCUUUCGAAAUGCUGUUUCCCACAACUGGGAUCUCCUUGAGCCGGAAAGCUCCGCAAGGAGGUGCCUGCAAGUGGAACCGAGGAUCCGAUGGGAAGAAAUCCCCAAGAGCAAGGCAAGUCUCGAAAGAGCUGAGCACGAGCAUGCUCUCGACUUGUUUAAGUCGAAGGAUCUUAGAAGGGAAUUAGAAAAAAAGAGCGGGGUAGCUCAGUAA